AUGACGGAGCGAAAAACGGGUGGCUGGCUAUCGUCGGUAGUUGAUAAUAUAUCGGGCCUUUGGUCACGCUCACCUAUUGAAUCCUCUGUUACAUCGAGAGAAAGUACUGGUAUUCAGAAUUCCUUACGUGAUAGCUCCUAUGAAGAGCAAUCUGAAAGUGAUGUGGGUGAGGAGGAUGAUGAUAUUAUUAUCGAAACCGCAUGUGCUGGGCCAUCCACUACUGUGCCAACUACUAGUAGAAAUCAAAAUGAUAUUGUACCAAAACAGCACACUAUUCGUUAUUUGAGUCCAUCAGCAAUCCUAGCGGCCACACGAUCUGUUACAAAUUCAUCCGAUAAAGAGACACUGACAAGUGUUACUCGAAAAAGGGCUGCAACAAGUUGCAUUUUUGAGGAUGAUGUAAUGUGGUCGAGUACUGGAAAUGCGUUUACCACAUCAUCUGUGAUGGAACCUCUUUCUGGCCGUUCUACAAAACGCUCGAGAAUCCAACGGGAUUUCGGUGAUGAAAGGUCAUUCCUUUCAUUAUCUUCGUUAUCUGAUGUACCACAAACUGGAAGAAGUCAUUUAAACCAGUCAUUUGCUUCAUCUUUCACACCAUUGAAUUCGCUGGUAAUAAAACCAAGAGUAUCACGUCUCCGUAGCAGCGCAACUUCGUCGUUAAGCAGUAAAACAAGAGCUAUUCUUGAACAGUUAGAGAAAAUUAGCUCACCUGUCAAGGAAGUGAAACGAUUAUCAUCCUUUAAUUUGGAUGGUCCAGAACGUUGGGCAACCGACACCAUUAGCAGUGCAGUUCAAAAGCCUCCAAGAAAUUCCAUGUGCACUUUAUCACGUGCUCAACUAAUAUCCAGCAUUCUUUCCACGAAAUCGAGUUCACCGUUCUGGAGUCGUCCGGCUUAUUUAGCCAAGAUGGCAGAUUCUUCCAAUACUUCACCGCAUCCUGUUCAAAUCCCAGAAUAUAAUCAACCAGAUGCAGACCACAUUCGUGAAUCCAAUGAGGUUCUAACUACAGAAUCAUCUUGUUUAUCGCCGUCUAAGAAAGCUGAUUUUCUGAGUCCCCCAAGGAAACCCGACCGAGAGAAAGUUUUAACCGAUGACAAUGUGGAGAAGUCGACAGUGUCAGCGAAGAAUGCAGCAUUGCCCAUGUCUGAUUCUGCGGUUAAAACUGCAGUUACCGUAUUACCCCAACGUUCUUCAUCUGCAAAGCCGACUAAUGUGUUCAGUGCUAGGGCUUUGGGCGUAGUAAGCCCAGUGAAGGAAAUGAUGAGAAAUGAUAAAGAUAAACUGGUAAGUACAAUAAAAGUCGAUGGCGCUAUGUUUGCUUUCGCUCCACCGAUGAAACGGGGACCUUCAGCAAGUUUUCAUCACGAAGAAACUGCUACAAAUGUUAGAUUUCCAUGUUGGCAAGCAAAUAAGAUUUCUCGGUCUCUCCCGUCAUUCACUGAAACGACAUUCAAGGCUACUGCUGAAAAGGCUAUGGAUGGUUUUUCAUUCUCGACUAAAAGUGUUUCGAAACAAAUUAAAGAGCAAUCAUACAGUACAGAUAAAGAUAAAGAGGCUCAACCAGUUACUGAAGUUUCUACAGUCGUCAAGCCUACGGAUGCCAGUGCUGCAACGUCAGAUGCGUUAUCUGUGAAACAACCAUUACAAAAGUCGGAACAAUGGUCAUGCCCAAAAUGUAUGGUUUUUAAUAAAACGGAUAUUGAAAAAUGCGUCUGCUGUGGUUAUGAAAAUAUAGUGGAAUCCAAGCCAUGGACAUGUAGUGAAUGUUGGAUUUCUAAUAAAUCAACUGAUGACAAAUGCAUUGCAUGCGGCAAUCCUAAACAAAGUAAUGGUAAAGGUGUAAAGCUAACGGAUAUAAAUGUCAAAAGUAGUUCACUUACCAACGUUUUUGGUGAUCGUACUUUCAAACCUGUAUCUUCUAGUGGAGGCAUUUCUUUCGGUUUUUCUAUCGCGAAACCUGGUACUGACGGAUCCAGUUUACCAUUAACGACAUCUCCAGCAACAACGAAAGCAUUAAAUCCAGCCACUGUUGUUAAUGGAAAUGCUAAUACUGAAGCGUCAUUGAAAUUUGGUUUAUCGUCGAGCACAUCAGCACCAAAUUUUGGUUUUGGAAAAGCUCCGGAGGCAAAUUGUUUACCAACAGUAACUGAAGAACCUUCGAUGUUACCAUCUCAUCAUCCGCCAAGUGCAUCAUUAAAUUUUGGCGUUUCCUUUGGUUCUGUAACAACAGCCUCAUUUGUUCCUUCUUUGACUCGCUCAUCACUUUCUUUCCCAACAUUAACUGUGACAACAUCAGCAGCUACAACUCUACCUCUAUCCGAAAGCACUUUCACCAUUCCAGUUUCAAUAAAUACAAAUCUGUUCACAUUUGGUUCUUCCAAUACAACAACAGCCAAAGAGAUUAAAACGGCGACUGCACCGUUGUUUUCUUUUGGUUCUUCAUUUCCUGCUGUUACAACCGAUACUUCUGCCGUAACCACUACCACUUCGCUGCCAUUAUUUGGUGCAGCUUUACCUGAAUUGCCGACUUCCAAAGUGCCGCUUUUUGGAGCCAGUAGCGGAUUAGUAUCAAGUCCAGAAGCAAGCCAUGAUGUCGUCGAAAUGAGUUCACCGACAACCUCACCGGUAACCUCUUCGGCAACAGUUGGGUCCUUUGGUGUGUCUAAAUCGUCGAAUUCUUUAUUCAGUUUUGGUGCUUCGAAUGCUUCAAACCCAACUACUGGAACACUGUUCGGGAAUUUGCAAACAACCGUACAAAAUCCGGUCGCUGCACCAAGUACCUCUUUGUUUUCAUUUGGACAGCAACAAACGCCGGUUGCGCUGAAGCCUUUUGAGCUACCGGCCUCAUUGACAUCAUCCCCGUCAGCUUUCAAUUUUGGCACAACAUCGUCAAACGGUGCAGCGGGAUUUGUUUUUGGUUCGACUUCGCCGCCACCAAGUUUUACGUUUGGUGCACAGCAACCAGUGAAUAAUGCAGCUUCAACAACAUUCAAUUUCACUCCUGUAACAGCUGCACCUUCUUUUGGGAAUAUUCCGGGAUCAGCACCAACAACCAACUUCUUCUCUGUGGGUUCAACAUCAUCGACGACUACGCGAAAGAUGUUAAAAGCACGACGAAUGAGGAAAUAG